CACGACCCGCCUCCUCUUUGGCCUCCCUCUCCCUUCUCUCUUCCACUUCCUCCACCAGCCACUUCUUGCUGUCUCGUUCUCUCUCAACAUGCUCUGAAAAUACUCAAACCCUCGGUUGUGUGUGCUCUCUGAUGUUCUUGCAGAUACACCUAUACCGCGCUUACGGGGUUCUCUAGCUAGUAAACCCCCCGUUCCACCACGGCCACCUUCCCUCGAGGCUUGUCUGGUGCUUUGGGGGGCGGAAGACGUUCCUUUUCAAGGGCCUUUUUUUGACGUAACCCUUUGACGCUUCCUCUUCGCGCUUCGGUUUACCUCCCCCACGAGAUCGUGGUCGGAACCUCGCCAAAAAGACGCGUCCUCUUCCCCCGACUGUCCUACCGCUGUCCUAUGUGUCUCUCCGCUCAAGUCUCUCCCUACAGACCCAACAACUCGGUAUGGAUGAGUGUGGAAGAGUCGAUAUGGGCCAGUUGCCGCCAAGUAGCUCUCUUGGCCAGUUCUCCUUUGCCCCCGUCACUCGAACCACUGUCGUGACGACGACAACUACUACAACUACCAACUUCCCUCCCUUGCUUGUCAAGCCCCCACGGGCUAUCAAAGACCUCGACCCCAAACUUUAUCCUCUCGCAGCUUCAUCUACCCCUGAAUCUCUUAGAAACUUUAAGUUCGAGCUGGGUGGGAGAUCCGUUGUCUUUAAUGAACCUGAAGACGCAGCUGGUGCCCUCAAGGAGUUUGACGCGAAAAAUGAUAUAUUGAGGGCUGCUAAUGGGACGAUCCGAUCGGUGUCUUCAUUUACAUCCGAUGAGAGCAAUCGACCUCGACGACCUGGACCCCACGGGCUAUCCUCUCAGUCGUCGAACAAUUCCUCGAAGUCCAAAAUGCGUCCCGUAUCCCCAGUGUCUAUCCCCGAUGCGGGUCAAGCUUCUCAGCGGACUCGACUUGCUCGGGAUUUGGCUGCAUCUCUGCCUCGGUCGCACCAUGGUGGCCAUACUACAACGCAUCCCAUGGCGUCUGGAUUGACGACUCCCGAGGCCGAUAGCAGCUCCUUUAUCCCGGGAGGAAAUGUACUACCGAAAAGACGCGUCCACAGUUCCAUCAUUCCACGGAGGGAGACCCUUCUACGAUCGCCAUUGUCUUUCGAAUUGGAAACGCAUGAGACUACACAAAGUUCCAGAUCUUCCUCUGCAGGUGAGCGGUUAGACGUGAAAUGUCCGAGCCCUGAGAAACUCGCUUUGCGAGAACGCUCCACACAGGAGACAGAAGCAGACGUGAAAGAGGAAGACAUCUUGGAGUCCAUUCCUACGAGCCAAGCCACGGGCGAUGUGUCGGUAGUUCCCUCGAGGCAAAUACCAGUCUCGCUAUCUGCUCAGUUACCGGCGAUUGAUAGUGCAGUAUCCCAAGACAUGUGUCUUCCAAGCCCCAGCCUUUCCCCUGUCGCUGCCAUGAAUGCUUUGAAUGCCGAUUCUUCAUUCGACUCGGCCGAGGAUCCAGAUGGCGAUACGGACUCCAGUUUUGAUCAGGGCGUUUCACAAUUCCCCCGGCCCCUGCAGUUUGAAAAACCGCGAAAGGCAAAUGCAGGGAGCGUGCCAAUGAGCAGCGGGACUUCACGGCCAUCCUUACGUGACAUCCCUGCUAUGGUGGACCUUUUUGAUUCGGUCCCGGAGGAGUUGAAAUCAUAUCUGAUGUACCAAUUCUUAAAGCGCUGCUCUAAGCCGACUCUCCAUUUCGUUGCUGAUCUGGUUAACCCUGCUCUGAAAUGUGACUUCCUGGAUCGGCUCCCUCUGGAACUUAGCUUGAAUAUCGUCAAACAUUUUGACUCCAAGACCAUGUGUCGUGCGGCUCAGGUCUCGAAGAAGUGGAGGCACAUUGUGAAUUCCGAUGAGAAGACCUGGAAAAGGCUGUUUGAGAGCGAUGGAUUUGUUCUUCAGGAGGGUGAGCUGGAGCGCAGCAUUAAAGAGGGCUGGGGUUGGCAAUUCCCUGACUGCGACCAGUACUUCGACAAGGACCUGAGUUCCCAAUCGAGUAAAGCGCCUUCCUCUUCCGGCUUAGCGGCACAGGCAACUGACACUCCAUCGUUGCCUAAUCGCCGAUCGAACAAAAGGAAGGCCGCCACCCGCACUUCCAGCCGUAAGCUGGCAAAGAAGAAGACAUCGUCUAGCCCGAACGAUAGUAACCCUGAGCCUCCAGACUGGAGAAGCCAUAUCGCAGCGGCUGAAGGUCCGUAUGCUGCUGCCAACGCCGCCGCCGCCGCCGUGCCAUAUCCCGACGUUGGCUUACCAUCCCUUCGUGGUCUUCAUCUCUACAAGUCUCUUUAUCAACGGCAUCACUCUAUCCGUCAGAGCUGGAUGGAUCCAAACAUAGAGCCAAAGCAUAUUGCCUUCCGUGCCCACGAUCGCCACGUGGUCACCUGUUUGCAAUUCGAUACAGAUAAGAUUUUGACUGGAAGCGAUGACACGAAUAUCAAUGUGUAUGAUACGAAGACGGGUGCUCUAAGAACUACCCUGGAGGGACAUGAGGGAGGUGUUUGGGCUCUCGAGUACCAUGGCAAUACGCUUGUAUCCGGAUCAACUGAUAGGUCAGUGAGGGUCUGGGAUAUCGAAAAGGCAAAAUGCACCCAGGUGUUUCAUGGACAUACAUCCACCGUACGGUGUUUGCAAAUUGUGAUGCCUGUGGAAGUCGGUCAGAGCGCCGAUGGCAGCCCUAUUAUGAUGCCAAAGGAACCGUUGAUCAUUACUGGCUCCCGCGAUUCCAACUUACGUGUGUGGAAGCUUCCUAAACCCGAUGACCCGCCCUUCUUCCCGGCUCCGAACCAUUUCGAUGAUUCAGAUUGUCCAUACUAUAUUCGCACGCUUACCGGGCAUCAGCACUCUGUUCGUGCCAUAGCCGCUCAUGGCGAUACCUUGGUUAGCGGAAGCUAUGAUUCUACCGUGAGAGUCUGGAAGAUUUCUACCGGAGAGAUACUGCACAGACUGCAAGGUCACAACAUGAAAGUCUACAGCGUGGUCCUUGAUCACAAACGCAAGCGCUGCAUCAGUGGAUCCAUGGAUAACAUGGUCAAGAUAUGGUCAAUCGAGACUGGUUCGCUUCUGUAUAACCUAGAGGGUCACACUUCGCUUGUUGGUCUCCUCGAUUUACAGUGUGACAGGCUGGUUUCGGCAGCGGCGGAUUCAACGCUGAGGAUUUGGGAUCCAGAGAAUGGACAAUGUAAAAGCACUCUGAGUGCUCAUACGGGUGCAAUCACCUGUUUCCAGCACGAUGGCCAAAAAGUGAUUUCAGGGUCUGACCGGACUCUGAAAAUGUGGAAUGUGCAGACCGGAGAGUGUGUGCGCGAUUUGCUCACCGACCUUAGUGGGGUGUGGCAGGUCAAGUUCAAUGAUCGACGAUGUGUUGCUGCAGUGCAGCGUGACCAUGUAACAUAUAUCGAGGUUCUCGACUUCGGUGCUUUCCGCGAUGGAGUCCCUACAAACCGACUGGGCCGACGUAUACUUGUCGAUGAAAGAGGCCACGAAGCCGGGGUCUCGGAUCAUGAUAUGUCUGAUGCAUGAUGGAGGAUAUCAAAGUCAUGAUCUCUGUGUGCCUUAGGUAGGGACCAUGAUUGAUCAGAUCACGCCCUUACAGUCGACGUUGGAACUUCAAGUUAUUGGGGUGACUUUUUCGUCGACUCUCCAACUCAACCAAAUUCCCAACUUAAUGACAUAUUCCCUAUACCCAAUUUCUUGCGGACCUCGUUUUUAUUUGAGAGACAUUGCAUAGCGUGGGGGGGAGGGGGGGCAUCCUGGUGUCGUCUGGCAUUAUGAAAGGACCGGCGUUGCCGCGUGUUUCUUUUUUUCUCUUUACUUUCAAAAAGUUUUACUACCAUAUGUCGCAUCUUACCCAUUACAUGCGGUAUUAUUCAUGUCUAAUGUUUUAUUCCUGAUGCCUAACUCGAAAUCAACAACAUAGCUAGGCGUGCCAAGGACUCUCAUGACCUGUAUCUCUAAGAUUCAUUUUUAAAUCAUCUACCCAUUUAG